CCCCCCAAUCUUUGUCAUAACGGUUACCAAUUUUACGAUAUCAUAUAUUCAUAUCACAAAGGAAACCCUCUUUCAUUUCCUUUCACUUCUCCAGAAAACCAAAACCCUUCAAAUCUUCAACUGUUCAUUUUUCUCUCUCCUCUUAAAACUUGCGAUUUUUCCAGAAAAAUUCGGCGAAAAUGAGAGAAUGUAUCUCAAUCCACAUCGGUCAAGCUGGAAUUCAAGUCGGAAACACUUGCUGGGAACUCUACUGUCUCGAACAUGGAAUCCAGCCAGAUGGACAGAUGCCGAUAGAGAAGAAGAUAGGAGCAGGACAAGCAGGAGAAGAUGCGUUUAGUACAUUCUUUAGUGAAACUGGAAACCAAAAGUAUGUUCCUCGUGCUUUAUUUGUUGAUCUUGAACCUACUGUCAUUGACGAGGUUCGAACUGGGGAAUAUCGCCAACUUUUUCACCCUGAACAACUUAUUACUGGCAAAGAAGAUGCUGCUAAUAACUUUGCUAGAGGACAUUAUACUGUUGGUAAAGAGAUUGUCGACGUUUGCUUAGAUCGCAUCAGGAAGCUUGCAGAUAACUGCACUGGCCUUCAAGGCUUUCUGGUUUUCCAUGCUGUUGGUGGUGGCACUGGUUCUGGCCUUGGUUCUCUGCUCUUGGAGAGGCUGUCAGUCGAGUACGGGAAGAAAUCAAAAUUAGGCUUCACAAUUUACCCAUCUCCUCAAGUUUCAACCUCUGUUGUUGAGCCGUACAACAGUGUCUUGUCCACCCACGCCCUCCUAGAGCAUACUGAUGUUUCUGUUCUCCUUGAUAAUGAGGCCAUUUAUGAUAUCUGCCGCAAGUCACUUGAUAUUGAGAGGCCUACUUAUACCAAUCUUAACAGACUUGUUUCACAGGUUAUAUCUUCCUUGACAACCUCACUUCGCUUUGAUGGUGCAUUGAAUGUCGAUGUCACUGAAUUUCAGACAAAUUUGGUCCCUUACCCUCGCAUACAUUUCAUGCUUUCAUCAUAUGCCCCUGUUAUUUCUGCUGAGAAAGCCUUCCAUGAGCAACUGUCAGUCGGAGAGAUCACUAACACUGCUUUUGAGCCCAGUUCUAUGAUGGCAAAAUGUGAUCCACGUCAUGGGAAGUACAUGGCUUGCUGCUUGAUGUAUCGUGGAGAUGUGGUACCCAAAGAUGUGAACGCUGCUGUUUCCACAAUCAAGACAAAGCGAACCAUUCAGUUCGUGGACUGGUCUCCUACAGGUUUCAAGUGUGGAAUCAACUACGAGCCUCCAACUGUGGUACCAGGAGGAGACUUAGCCAAGGUUCAGAGGGCAGUCUGUAUGAUCUCAAAUUCAACUAGUGUUGCUGAAGUGUUCUCAAGAAUUGAUCACAAGUUUGAUCUCAUGUAUGCCAAGCGGGCUUUUGUUCAUUGGUAUGUUGGCGAGGGAAUGGAGGAAGGAGAGUUCUCAGAGGCAAGAGAAGACUUGGCUGCGUUGGAAAAGGAUUAUGAAGAAGUUGGAGCCGAGGGUGUUGAUGAUGAGGACGAUGAAGGCGAUGAGUAUUAAGAGUAAUUGGUUUUGGUUUUAAAUGUGAUGAACAUGUGGUAAUAACUUUGUUGAUUGAGUAUUUGGACCUCGGAGUAUGUAGGAAUACCAAUGGUCUCAUUGGCAAGUAGUGCGGAGUUAUAUAGUUCUCUGUAUUUUCACUUUGGUUCAAGUUUUACCGUAUUACUAUAAUUGUUACCCUGUGAAA